AGUUAGCCGUACACCACAGUUGAUUUUACACGUUGUUGACGUUAAAUCAUUUUUCUGACGUUUUGUUUUAACGUUUACAUGCUCGAAGGUGCUGGUUGAAUCCAUAUAACUGUAUUGCUUGUUGUAGUUUGUGGGAUCAGUCGCCCGUGCAUACGGUGUUAGCGACCAUGAGGUCGGCGUUGCACAAUCUCACAUCGCGGGUUCAUGGUUCUUCUCCGCUGGCUGUGGGUAAAGGACUUCCGUUCGCUCGCACAACCCGAGCAUCUCUUACGCCUGUGCAGCCCUCACGAUGUCAGGUUACUGUUGACCCCGCUGCUGUCGUUGGCAUACAAAAUCAAGCCACUAAAGGCGAUGAAUUUGAAUUAAUCCGGAAAAAAACACGAGAGUACCUAGAACGGCCAAAGAAAGAUCGUGCGCCGUUUAUUAAAUACCUCUUCGUGAAGCAAAUUGACCCGACAUAUUUGGAGUAUCCGCAAUUGGAUCUGGAGCAGCUGAAUACCCUGCGAGACCAGUGCGAACCGGUUAUCAACAAAAUGAAAUCUGAUGUUGAUCCAGGAACCAUUGAUUUUAAUGAAACCAUCCCUGCUGAUCUGAUUGCUGCCUUGAGUAAUUCAGGCGCAUUUGUGCACACCAUUCCCCGCACUCAUGAUGGAAACGAUUUGGACGUUACGGGCUAUACGAGAAUGGUGGAGUCACUGAGCUUGAAUGGGAAUAUUUCUCUAGGAGUCUUGGCGUAUCAUCAAGGCAGUUGGGCCAGUCGGAUUAUCUCAAAAUAUGGCACUGAGGAGCAAAAGAAUUUUUAUUUACCAAAAGUUGCGAAGGGUGAUGCCACGUUUUCGGUCGGAAUAGCGGAGGCUGAAAGCGGAUCAGAUGUCGCCAACAUGCAGUGUAGUGUUCGAAUGGGUCCUGACAAUCGCGGCUAUAUAAUUAAUGGCAAGAAAAGCUGGGUUAUCAAUGCUCACAAAACGAAUUAUUUUUUGAUUGUGGCGAAACACGAAGGAACCGGCCUGAACAUUGAAGUAAAAGACCCAACGGAACAGUUUCAAAUGAUGCAAGCCAAACAAGGCAGCAUGUCAGUUCUUCUCAUACCAAAAAAGGCGCCAGGAAUAUCCGUCCAGGAUCCUGUUGAUUUUAUUGGUCUUCGCGGCUUGCAAGUAUCGGAAGUGCAUUUUAAUGACGUGGCAGUUAGUCUGGACUCCUUAGUUGGACAAGUUGGUGCGGGCUUUUCAAUUGCUAUGGAUGCCGUGGCCAGUCAAAGGCAUGUCAUCGGAGCCAUUUGCCUUCCAUUGCUGCGAAAAAUGAUUGAUGGUGCCACACAGCAUAUGGUACACCGCAAAUUAUUUAACCGUCAUCUGACAGAAUUUCAUAUGAUGAGGGAAAAGCUCGUGGAAACGACCUUUUUGACCUAUGCUUUGGAAAGUGUGACGUAUAUGACAUCCUUAUUGAUGGACCAAACCGUUAAGCCGGAAUUUGAUAUGGAAGCUGCAGCUGUGCGGGUACUUGCGGCAAAUAUUGUGCCACAAUGCAUAACCAACAUCAUGCAGAUUUAUGGAGCUGAAGGUGUGACGACAAAUUCUUAUCUCGAGUUAGCCUUAAGAGACUUCUUAACGCUUAGUCAGCUUGACGGUGGGACGGAUGUUGCGCGCUUGUUUAUCGCACUCUCUGGUUUCCAGUUCGCCGGAAUGCAGUUGAUGGACCAUGUGAAUAAAAUUAACAAUCCUAAAAGAAACCCGUGGUAUGCUUUCAAGUUUAAUAUGAAAUCCGAAUUUACUUCCCAACGGAAAGUCAGGAAAAGGACAGUGUUUUUGGAGGAUUAUCUUCAUCCGACUUUUCAGCAUACAGCAAUUCACCUGGAGGACUGCUGCAAUCGUUUGCAUUUGAACAUCGAAAAUUUACUGCUUAGACAUCACAAAGAGCUAAUACACCAGCAAAUGCAUUUGCGAAGAAUUUCGGAAGCGGUAACUUUGGUUUAUGCGUGUUUUGCUGCCUUGGGCCGUGCAUCUCGUUCCUACUGUCUGGGGAUAAAAAACGCUGAAUUGGAAAUGCAGUUGGCCACAUUAUUUGCCCAAUACGUGGAUCAGAAAAUUCAUUGGAUGUGUGAAGAAAUAGAAGAAGACACGUGGGGACGUGAUGCAGGAAUUCAUCCUGUAGUGAAUUUCAUGGUGCGAACCAAAGGAUACAGUCUGGAGCAUGCGCUUUCGCGUAAUUAUUGAAAUUGUAUUCUACUACUGUCUGCCUUGUGCGAAAGCUUUAAAGUGAUACCUUGGAAGUAUGAGAUAAAUAAGGCAAACGUUGAUUGGACCUGUGGUGGAGUUGUACAAUAUGUUUUGUUUUUUUGUGAACUAAUUAAUAAAUCGGGAUGUAUGAACGCGAAGUUCGUACGUGAU